CUGGAGUUAGCAAACAGGGUUGGCCCCUUGGUUUAUGUUCUGUGAGGGAGUAACAGUACUGAUGGAUUUACUGGCUGCAGGUGUGACCUGCAAGUGCCCUGCUGCCCCUCCUCCUCAGGUUACUCACCACAAAGAAUUUCACAAAUCAUCCUGAUUUUUGGUUUUUUGAUUCGAGCUGACAUUGAGGAAUCAUGAACAUCAAUGACUUUGUAGUACUCCCUGGUUCAAAAACUGGAACUUCUGUAAAAUUAAAAGUGAAAAAUGUACGAGAGCUGAAGUUGGAGAAAGUACAGUUAGAACUAGAAAACAGAGAAAUGGAGACAAAACUACAGCAACUGCAAUCUAAUAUGAGCAGAGAAAAAGAAGAGAGGAGGGAACGAUCAAGUGGAUAUCGUUGGCAAUCUGGACAGGCAGGACCAAUGGGCAUUCAACCUCAAGGGUGGUCCCAGAAUAAAGAAAAUGUUAAGGCUUCUUCAGGAAAAGUGAAGUUGAAGAUACUCAAAGAGCAGAUUCAUGAGCCAGUAAAACAACCAUUUAUACAUAAAAUGGCAAAUGCUGCAAUUCCUGAAAAACAUAAAGUAAAGGGGAAGGCAUGUGGACAGUGUGAGAACAAAAAUGCUUUACUGGUAUGCCUCGAAUGUGGGGAAGAUUACUGUGGUAGUUGUUUUGCCAAAGUCCACCAGAAGGGGGCACUGAAGCUCCAUAGAAUGAUUCCUUUGCAGGCCAAAACCCAUAUGCCAGUUAAAAAAUUAGAAGCUACCCAUCAGUUCAUGAAAGGCUUAGAUCCUGAUGAAUCCAAAGAGAAUCAUGAGCAGAAGAAAACAAUUAGCAAGAAUCAGUUAAUUUCAGACAGUUCUUCAUCUCUACUGACAUCAACAGGGAAUGCUGAGGAAGUUUCCAGCGUACCAACAGUUUUUGAGAAUCAGAAUAGUGGACUAUUACUACAUGGUACCUUUGAUGAGGAAGAAUCUGCAGAGUCCUUUCAAGAAGCUUUAACUCAGUGGAGAAAUGGAAAUCAUGAACACAAAAAAGAACAGAACUCUGAUGAGGCUAAACCAGAUUCCAUGGGAGUUUGUGAGGUACAGACCAAUAUCACAAUUUUGAGAGAACCUGUAAAAAUUGAAUUCAGAGAAGAAAGUCUGAAUUAUAUGGAGAAACUGUGGCUUAAAAAACAUAGAAGAAUGCCAUUUGAUCAAAUACCUCAUCUUCAAGUAGAUGAAUUCAGACUUAAGCAUGAAUUCAUGAAUGAAACACAUGGUGCUCUGAAUGAAGGAGAUGGAGAUGAUGAUGAUUAUUUAAUAGUUGAAGAUAUGAAAAAAUAUUGGAAAGCUCUUUUUAGAGCAGAAGAGUCUGACACAGUUCCUAAGAACCUUGAGUCUGCUUUGAAAAUUGAGAUACUCAGUGAUUCUUGUGAAGAGGACUUAGAUGAAUCAUGUAACUCUGUAAUAUUGGAAGUCGGAUCCACAAAACUGAGUAAUGAACAAAGUGAUGCAAUGCCUGAAAACCAGAAGGAUACAAUAUCAGACUUUUUACCAGAACCAGCUGCUGAUGUAACUAGUGGAGCAUCUAUUAAUUCUGUUUCUACAGCUGACAAAAAAAACCUUUUCAAUCCUCAUGAUAGAAGCACCAUUCCCCAAAAAGAAAUUUCUAAAGGUAAAUUUGUUUCCUCUGCAAGAACAUCUACAAUGAAUAAUGAAAGAAUUUAUACUGAUUGCAUCCAUUCUAGCAAAGAAGAAACACUUCUCAGCAGUCAUAAUGAAAGUGCCAUAACAAAAAAAGAAAGCAUUAAAGCAAAAACUUACAGAAGAUCUCUUAGGGCUUGUAUGUCACCUGAGAAGACUAUUGACCUUCCCAAAUUAGGAAGCAAUGAACCUUCCCCCAUGACAAGAUCAUUAAAAAACAAUAAAGAAUCACUGGAAUUCAACAGUCUCCACACAAGCAAGAAUUUGGAUUUACCUGUAACUACAGGGGCUUCAGUGUUGUUACAGGAAGUAGCCCGAAGAGAGAAACCUAUUUUGACACAAUAUCAGGGACUUGAGGGAUUCUUUAUUUUACAUGCAAAUUCUAAGCAAGUAACAAUUCCUUCACCUUUCUCAGAUUACAGCUCUACAAACAACAGUACUUCAGUUUCAGGAACGGGACAUUGGUUCAGAGACACUAGCCUAAGUGAAUAUGCUGAUGAUUGUAUAGUACAGGAUGUCUUGCAAAGAGAACUGAGCAGAUCUUCAAGUAAUUUGGAACUACAAAAUUUACGCACCGGGGUUUCACCAUGGACAUUAAAGCACAGCUCACCCAUUGAUAAAAAUAGUUUCCGAAGACCUUUGUCAGCAAAUAUACCACCCUCUAAAUCAAUGAAGUGUGAUCGUAUUCACUGUUCAUUGUCUCAGAGAAGACCAAGAAGUUUAACUACUCAGCCCUUAUCUAGACCAGCUAUUACAAUUUCAAAAAUUGAAUCCAUUGAAUCAUCUGAAAAAAAUGACCCUCUCUUAGAAUAUACUGCUGAUCAACAAGCCUUAGCUGGCUUGGAAAAUGAACUAAAAAGUCAAAUAGAUCCUCAGGAAAAACUGUACAGCUUUACUCCUGAAGACUUAUCUGCUUUCAGCCAACAUUCAAAGAAGAUAAGUGAAAAUAUUACAGAUUUUCAUAAUAACCUAGAAAUAAAAGACCACAGUAAAGUUGCUAUUUUUGGAGAUUGGGAUGAAAGCCACACAGAUGAAGAAGAAGAGAUUCUGAGGGACAAGCAAGAAGUUAUAGCACUACGUUGACCAAAAAAAAACCCCUCCUUUGCUGUGCUCUUAGGCAUGUCUGGCAGCUGGCUACAAUUUAACCCAAGUGCCAAAGGAUUUCCAGACAGAAAUAGUACCUUCUUCCUAAUCACCGAGAAAGAAAGUGGAAGAUACAUGGAAAAGAGCAGCUCAUUCUUUGGCUAUGAAUCAAAAAAAUCGGAAAGACCUUAAGCUUUUCACUUUUAUUGGAAAAGUUCUGUAGCACAUACCUGGGCCUGCUCAAUCUUUAAAGUAUUUUAAUUGAUUGCCAAUUGGCUAUCUUCCUGCUUAUGUUUAAAUUUACUUUUUAAAUACGAAGGAAGGACAUGUCCAAAUAGUCGGUUUACACACAAAUAUGCAUUCAAAUCAAGAGUUGAUCAUGAAGCCUUUCCCUGACAUAAUUGAAUCUACGCUCACAAUGAAUUUGAGUUAUAUCAGAAGCACUCACCUUUUAGUCCAUUUGUGCUGGUACUUUAACAGGUCUCUUUUAGCUAACUCUUACUGAAUCAUAGAACCAUAGAACUGGGAGAGACCUCAGAAGGUCAUCAAGUCCAGCCCCCUGCUCUAGGCAGGACUAUAGGGUAUAUAAGCACAAAAGAGUGCAUGUUUGCUUUUCUGGGCUUGCACCUGACUCAAUAUUAUUUUGAGAUACGGUUUCCCCUACAUUUAAUUUAUGCAAGUUAAGUGUCACUUUCUCUUCCAUUAGAUAGGCAAGGUGGGUGAGGUGAUAUCUUUUAUUGGACUAACUUCAGUUGGUGAGAGAGGCAAGUUUUC